AAUAAAAUGUAUACCUACUGCUUCCGCCACUACACGCUCAAACCAGUUCGUAAUCCCGGUACCACCAUUCUGUCUAAAACAAAUAAUUAUCGCUUCAAUUUGGUAGUCUUGCUCACAAAGUCGUAGAACACUCACACAUUAUAUUUCAUGUUGGCCACUUGUUAAUGGCAACAUAUUAUCGACCAUUAUGUAAUUAUCAAAAUAAAUCACAACAAAACUUAAACUUCGCUUGAACUAACGGAGUGCGGUGUAUUUAAAACUCGUUUCACCAUCGCAAUGUGAAUGUGUAUCGAAUAAUGCCGUUUGAUCGAAAUUGACACGAAUCAGUUUUGCGCAAACCGCAACGCGAGUAUGAUCAUAAUAUUGAGCGUGAUUAUCGUGCUGUUAUUAAUUUACCAGUAUGUGUGGCCGAAGAAAAAGUAUUGGGAGGGCCGUGGCAUGCCCACGUACAAGAUCAAAAUGUUCUUGUCGAUGACGAAUGUAGUUCACGAGAUGGGCGACGUUUACAAGAAAAUGAAAGUUGAAGGCCAACGCGUUGCCGGUUUAUAUCUAACGUGGGAAAAUAUUUUGUUAUUUACGGAUUUACGCUCACUGGAAAACUGUGCAAUUGUGCAAAAUAAACGGUACGAAGACAAGAGAAAUGCGCAACAAUUAUUUGAUGUAAUUUUGAAUUCGGCAACGAAUCUGAUCGUAGCGUUGCAGGAGUCAUCUAAAAGUGACAAACAGAUUGAUUUUUGUGAUGUUUCAACGCGCUAUUCAACUGAAAUGAUGAUAUCUUUAGCGUUUGGAAAUGAAUUUCUUAAAGUGACUAAACUGUGUUCAAAAAUACGUGAGAUGAGUUUGCGUGCCGGUGCAUUUUCGUUAAAAACAGUGGUGAAGCAAUUUGUGAUUGAUUGGUUUCCGCAAUUUGCAAAACGGUUUAGAAUGAGCGCUUACGACUCGACUGCUCAUAAAUUCUAUAUGAAAACUGUUCAAGAGGCGAUAGAAUAUCGCAAACAGAGUACAACGUUGCGUCACGAUUUCCUACAAAGUUUACUGGACGCAGAAAAUGAUGACGGCGAAAAAACGCAAAUGACGAUUGAGGAAAUUGCCGAGCAAGUUAUGUCAUUCUUUGUAAGUGGAGUGGAAACCUCAGCGGUCACUAUUAGUUACAGUCUGAUAGAAAUCAAACGCAAUUUAAAUGUGGAAAGUAAACUACGAGGUGAAGUGUGUACUAUAUUAGAAAAAUAUAACUACACGUUACAUUACAAUGCUUUAGAGGAAAUGAUUUACUUGGAUGCAGUGAUACGUGAAUCGUUGAGGAUGUACCCACCUAUUCCAAUAUUGCGAAAGAAAACUUCAGAAGCGUUCCUUGUUGAUAAUAUUGAAAUUGAAAAAGGAACUCCACUAGCUGUAUCAAUUCUUGCCAUUCAACGUGAUGCAGAAAAGUAUAUUGAACCGGAUGUGUUCAACCCAGAUAGGCUGGAAGGAAACAUCGAUCUGGACAUUGAAAGACAACAUUUAAUAUUACAAAGUAAAAUAGCUUUAGCAUUAAUUCUAUGGAAUUUUGACUAUGAAAUUGAUGACAAAACGAAAUAUCCUUUAAAAAUAGACGCGCCCAAUGGGAUAUUAAUACCAACUGAAAAAAUAUGGGUCAAGUUUUCUCCAUUAAUUACUUCAUUGUAAUAAAGAAUAGGAAACAAUGUGAUUAUUGCGCAAAGAGAUAAUUUUACAAAACUA